AUGACAUUAUGCCAGCUUCCGGAUUACGUCAAAACACCUGACAGUUUCGGGAUGAUGAUGGAAAAGUUCAGAGGGGCCGAGUUGAAGAGCUAUGGUCGCUUGGUAAACGGUUUCGUCGAGAUUGAAGAGGAAUACAAAGAACAUUACCAGAAAAUCAUGGGCUAUAAGAUUUAUCAUCUGGGACCUUCUUUUCUGGUGAACAAAACCGAUCAAGAGAAAUCUGAGAGGGGGAUGAAGAGCAUGGUGAGCGACCAUGAGUGCUUGGACUUUCUCAACUCGAAGCCACCGAACUCAGUGGUUUACAUUUGCUUUGGAAGUUCGUGUUUCUUCUCUGAUACACAAUUACACGAGAUAGCCUCUGGGAUUGAAUCUUCAGGCCACCCUUUUAUCUGGGUUGUUUUCAGGAAAGAUCAGAAUGAUGAAGAUGAUCAAUGGCUGCCGAUGGGGUUCAAAGAUAGGGUGAUGAAGAGAGAGAGGAGGGGGAUGAUCAUUAAGGGAUGGGCCCCCCAGGCCUUGAUCCUGGAACACGAGGCGACUGGAGGGUUCCUGAGCCACUGUGGGUGGAACUCGGUGAUGGAGGGGAUAUGUGCAGGGGUUCCGACGAUAACAUGGCCGUUGACGGCGGAGCAGUUCUACAACGAGAAGCUGAUAACCCAGGUGCAUGGGAUCGGAGUAGAAGUCGGGUCAGAGGAGUGGACCGUCACCGCCGGGCACGAGAGGAAGAAGGUGGUGAGUAGGGAUCGGAUAGAGAAGGCAGUGAAGAAGAUAAUGGACGUCGGAGAUGAAGCGGAACAGAUGAGGAAGAGAGUGAAAGAGCUGGAGAAGAAGGCGAAAGCCGCCGUCGAAGAAAGUGGGUCGUCGCAGAAGAAUCUAACAUUGCUGAUAGAAGAUCUUGGCCGAAACAGAGCAGAAAGGAAAGCAACAGUCACCAGACCAUAG